AUGCUUGCCAAGACUUUCUUCGGUUCUGUUGUUUCUGCUAUUGCCAGCGGCCUCUACUUGAUGGGUAGCACUGCUUCUGCUGCUCCCUUGAGCAAGCCCACUGUGGCUCGCCGUGACGUUAACGCUACCAACUUCCCCAACAUCAGCACUGGCUCUGUUGUUCUCGGUAGCGACAACACCUAUGUCAACAGCUCGAUCUACGACUCGUCUCUUCGUCCUCAAUUGCACUUCUCCCCCGCUACCGGUUUCAUGAACGACCCCAACGGUCUUGUUUAUGCUAACGGCAAGUGGCACUUGUUCUACCAAUACAACCCUGCUGAGCUUGCUGCUGGUAACCAACACUGGGGUCACGCCACCUUGUCUAACGGUACCACUAUUCUCAUGUUCAGUGGUAGCGCUGUCGUUGACAGAAACAACACUUCUGGUUUCUUCAACAACACCUCCAACGCUGAGGAGAACAUUGUUCUCAUGUUCACUGAGCACACUGACUACGUUGAGCAACAAUCUCUUGCUUACACCACUGAUGGUGGCAAGACCUUCACCAAGUACUCUGGUAACCCCGUCAUUGACAUUGGUUCCACCCAAUUCCGUGACCCCAAGGUCUUCUGGCACCCUGAGACCGAGAAGUGGAUCAUGGUCGCUGCCCACUCUCAAGACUACCAAAUCGGUAUCUUUGGUUCCAAGGAUCUCAAGUCUUGGGAUGAGCUCUCCCGUGUCACCCGUGUUGGCUACCUUGGUUACCAAUACGAGUGCCCUGGUCUUGCUCAAGUCCCCGUUGAGGGAUCUGAUGAGAAGCGCUGGGUUCUCACCUACUCCAUCAACCCCGGUUCUCCCCUUGGUGGUUCCAUCAUGGAGUACUUCGUUGGUGACUUCAACGGUACUCACUUCGUUGCUGAUGACGCUGCUACUCGCUUCGUCGACACUGGUAAGGACUUCUACGCCGGUCAAAUGUUUGACAACACUGGUGAUGAGGUUAUUGGUAUCACCUGGGCUUCCAACUGGGAGUACACCAACGAUGUUCCCGCUGAUCACUUCCGCAGUGCUAUGACUGUUCCUCGUCGCUACAAGCUUCGCAGCGUCCCCGUGAACCCCAUGUUCAACGACACUCUUCUUGUUCAAGAGUUCGUCAACACCUCCGCUGUCCAUGACAAGGAGCUCUUCAACUCUCCUAUCAACUACAGCAGCUCCAUGAACGGUGCCCCCAUCGCCGUCCCCACUGCUGGUGCCUUCGAGUUCACCGCCGAGGUCUUUGUUAACACCACUACUGGCUUGAAGAGCAACGACUGGGCUGUCAUUGAUUUCUACUCCAACGACACCUUCAAGUCUGAGAAGCUUUCUCUUGGUUUCCGCCCCAACGACGGUAUGCUCUACGUUCGUCGUGCUGACGCUCAAAAGAGCUGGUACAACCCCCUCUUCACUGGUUCUUCCAACUCUUUCAUCAGCAUCCCCUCUGCCAACUCUACCACCAAGUUCCACGGUAUUGUUGACCGCGGUGUCUUUGAGCUCCUCAUCAACGAUGGUCAACAAUCCAUCACCAACACCUACUUCCUUGAGAAGGGUAAUGUUAUUGGUUCCGUUGUUUUCUCUACUGCUCACGAGAACAUUACCUUCACUAGUGCCAGCGUUGACUCCUUCAAGUCUAUCUGGUAA